GCCGGAUCGAGCGCAAAGCGUGCCUUGGCGCAGCCGGUGUGCAAAAAAAUACGCCGACAGCUUGAUUCAAAGUGCUGCUAGUGCAUUGAUCUCCACGCAUUCGACAGCAAAUUUCAAACCGAGACGCGCAAGAGCGCUCUCCUGCCAGCAUGGCAAGCCUCCAUGCAGCAUCGCGACGCCGACGACGACGACGGACACUCUUACUGCUAGGCCUCGCCGGCGCCUCAAGAGCCUUGGCGCCGACGCCGCCGCGCCGCUGGACGUCGCUCCGACGGACCGCGGGCUGCGCGGCGCUCUCCGUGACGGCUCCGCUGGCCACGAUGACCCCGGCGCUCGCCGCCCUGAACCCGAACCUGGGGACCCUGGACCCGAACGGCCCGAACCAAGGGGUUGUUAUUGGUUUAGAUGAGGACGCACCAUUCAGAGCAGCAUUGGGCCAGAUCAAGACGUUGCUUGAUAGUCUCGGCGUCGAGGGCACGGUGGCCAAAGUACGACCGGCGGAGCCCGACGGGCCCGUCAUUCCCCGGGACUACGAGGUCGGGCUCAAGGACGGCACGGAUCGACUGCGGGCCUGUCCGAGCAAUACGAAGUGUUUGUCCGGGACUCGUGGUGAGAAAAAAUACACCCCGCCCUUCGUGUUUUUCGAUCAAAAGGGCGACGCCGUCGGGAAUUUACUAGAGUUACUCUACUCCGCGGCGGACGCUACAGUAUUAACAGCGAAGGGGAAUUUUUUCAACGGCGCCGGAGUAUAUGUAUUGGCCGAGUUAUAUGAUGGUGCCGCCAUCUUCGACGUCGAGUUCCAGUUCUUGCCUGGUGUGCUCGAGAACAUUGUAGAGGCAAGAAUCCUAGCGCGAGAGAACGCCCAAUAUACCUCUGAGGCUCGAGAGAAAGAACUCCUGCAAGUCUUCGGCAAGGCGCUUGGGUGGCUGCCGCUCGAUGCGCAAACCAUACGUAUCCCCGGCCUCACGGAGGAAGAGAAGGGCGUCAUCUCGACAUCAGCGCUAGAAUUGAAAUACAGGGAGCAGUUCGAGGCCGACAUGGAGAAGGCAGAUGCAGCUGUUAGGGAGCAGAUGGAGCGCGACCGACAACAGAUCGAGCGUUUGAAGCGGGACAUCAAUCGAUUGCUCGACUCGAUCUCGCUGUCGGAAGCGGCGCGCUACGACGAGUACCGGGAGCUGCGGUCACGGACCGCUCGGGCGCGGCAAGAAUAUGAAGAAGGAGUGAACAAAAGAAUAGGCGGCGUGGCGAACGACGGGCGCUACGCGGCGUCGCAGAAGAUCCAGCUCGGCAACUCAUUUUCUGGAUUGAUCAACUCCAAGGACGACGUCACGGCCAAGAUCUACCAGAACAACCAGCAGCAGGAGGACGGCGCGCCGCCGCCGCCGAAGAAGAAGCUGUUCGGGUUUAAAUAGUACUAC